GCCGCGGUCGGUGACAGCGGAGCAUGUGGAGGUCCUGACCAGAGCGGUGCUGAAAUGACAGACGACCAUGAAGGCUCCGGGUCGAUGAGCGCUGGAUCCAGGUCCCGCAGAUGAGGAUGGAGUAGACGUUGCGCACAGGAGGACCCCACCGCGCGCCAGACUGAUCUGUGGAUCUUAUCGUUUUAGGAUGAGCUGAGGAUGUAUCAAUGAAGAAUGUGAGUGCGUCUGACUCGGUCCACGCGGGGUGGAUGCAGCCCUCGGCGGUGUCAUGCGUCUUGCCCCGCAGCCAAGCGCGCAAACAUUGCGGCUCAUCCUUGCGCUGAUCCUCGCCUCCGGGGCGGCGGCAUCCCCGGUGCUGUCCACGGGCUGUCCGGACAGGUGCGUGUGCGAUGACCAGCUGGUGGUUCAAUGCGCGGGACAACACUUGACCACCUUCCCGGUCAACCUGCCGCUGGCGACCCGGCAGCUCAUCCUCUCCAACAACCGGAUCGUGGAGCUGCCGCCGCUGGCGCUCAACUACCUGUCCGACCUGGUGUACCUGGACUGCAGCAACAACUCCCUCACCGAGGUAUCCGAGUCCACUUUUGGGAACCUACGGAAGCUGGCCUACUUGGACCUUUCUUUUAACACCCUGACCCGGAUCGCGGACCGGACGUUUGGGCCGCUGGCGAGCUUGGUGAUGCUGAGGAUGACGGACAACCCGGGGCUCACCGAGAUCCACCCGGACGCGUUUGCGGAAAACGCGGCUCUGCAGGUGCUGGACGUCAGUCGGAACAACCUGACGGUUCUGAACGUCAGCACUCUGAUCGGGUUGCCCGCCCUGCGCUCGCUGGGGCUGAGCGGGAACCCGUGGAGCUGCGAGUGCGACAACGAGGACCUGUGCCUGUGGGUCCACCUGGAGGGCUACAAGUUCCAAGAUGAGGGCCAGACGGUGUGCAGCUCACCGGAUGAAAUGCAGAGCCGGCGGCUGGGCGAAGUGGGAUUUGAACUGCGGACGUUGUGCCACCAGAGCCUGGGCUCCUGGGACUACCUCUUCUUCGUCAUCAUCGGCUUCGUCAUCUUCGCCGCCGGCACGGUGUCGGCCUGGAUGAUGGGCGUGGUCAUGGUGCUCUACGAGCGCUACAUCAAGAAAAAAGACGAGCAUCAGGAGCAGGACGAGGAGGACGAGACGUGCGAGUCGGGACGUUCCUCGCGGAGCAGGAGCGAACACGGCAACGGGAAGUUAAAAAGCACUGACACUGUGUAACCGCCGAUCCUGAACCUGCACAAUGUGGAUUCCUAGAGUGCCUCCUGUCCACUUUCAGUACUGCCAGGAUGCAUGCCAAGUGGACGUCCCCUGUUUAUGGGACAUGGACACUGUGAAACUCAGCUUUAUCUUAGGUUUUAUUUAUUGGUUACGGUCGAGGAAAGCGGGCCGAGCUGAACGCAUCCUGAAGUCCCAGUUCACACUAUGCAGAGACAUAAAAAGAAGUUAGACACUGUUGAGCAAUAACAAUACUGGGUUACACUUUAGACACCACAAAUAAACCAGUUCUUCAUAGGUAUAUGAGCAACAUAUUAUCCUGUAAUUAAUGAUAAUAAGAUACUGAUUUGCAUCUUGCUCUGGAAGGGACACUGAAAGUUCACUGUAAACGACACCAUAAUUACUGUAUAGUAACAGUUAAUAAGAUAGUAAUUACCUCAGUGAUAGUGAUAAUAUAUGUACCCAAAUCUGAAGUGUGACCCAAUAUUGAAUAUCACCAAAAAAAAAGUCAAGUAUAAGACGAAUUAAAGAAAAUAAUGAAAAUAAAGGAGACAAAUCAAAACAACCAAAUACACCGUAUCAUCUGAAACACUGGACACAGUGGAAUAGAGAUGUCAUAUUGAAAUAGAUUUUUUAUAAUAAUAAUUUUCAUAUUUGGAAGCAGUUUAAGAUGUCAAAUUCUUCAAAAGGCCAUCUUUGCAACAGUUAGCAACUUAACUUGCACGUCACGUCGAAUCUCAUUUCUGAAAUGUUAUGACACUUAGUAACGUCCCUUAAACCAUUGAUAUAAAAAAAAGCCAUAAUUUAGGAAUAUAUUGAGAUUUCUGGUUUUUGGGCACUCAUUCAGCAUCAGUCCAGGACACCGACAGUCCUGCACAGCGGUGAAAGCAGCUCAGCGGGUCACAUGCAGACAAGACAGCCUGAAUCUCUGCAUUAUUAUUUUUAGCUUACACAGCAGCACCUUGUUUGUUCCUGCAUGUACUGGAAUGAGUAUGAGUUUGACACGCUUCCUUUCUUUUUCUUUCAAAUCAAAGAGGCUCCGUUUUAAAACGUCACUUUUCCGUGAAUGAAAAAAAAAACGUAUUUAUAUUUGUAAUUAUAACACGACAACCAAUAUGGGGGCAUCAACUUGAGUUUUUGAUUAUGUUUCUGUGAAAGUAUCUGCGUGUCAAAUGUCUGAUUGUAUAAUAAUUUAUGGAAGAAAUGGUUUUGACACUCACUGCAUUUGUUUAACUCAGUAAAUAUUUUCCUAAAGUGUUCUUCGUGUCAAGCUCUCACUUUCUUUUCCGGGGAGUGACAGUUUAAAAUGCUGCCCAAUAUAUCUUAAAACAGUUGAGGUUGAGGUUUUGACCAAG